AUGUCCUUGGACAAAUCCUGUUUCAAGGUACUCUUCCGGGAGCCGGCUCUGGAGACUGCGCCGGCCACGAAGGAGGAGCCGACUCGGCCAGAAGGGACCGAGCUCGCCGAGCUCUUGGCGCCUGCCUUCGCGAAGUUUCCCUGUGUUGUACCGCCCCCAAGGAAGGGCGAGGGGUCCUCUCCGGAGAGAUCGCCGCCCGUUGGCCAAGAGCCAGCCAGCGAAGUUUGGUACAAGGCGCCGCCUCCCAAGAAGACUUUGAGCUCCAUGCUGAGCAGCUACGAGGAGGAGGAGCCCUUGGAACCGGAAGCUGAGCUCGGAGUGAGGCCCCUGGGGAAGAGGCUGACUUCUGAUGCGGCUCGAGAGCGUGCUGCGCAACGCCGCGGCCGGGCGGAGGUGCGACCUGUCUUGGAGGAGGCGCCGAGCAUCGAGGAUCCUGCUGCUGGUGCAGCUGCCAGCGAAACAGGUGGCCUGCUGCCGGGCAGUGUGUGGGACCCUGCCACCGGCCAGUUUGUGUCCGAACCGAUUCCCGACGAUAUCCUGCAGAGCUUCAAGAAGGAGAAGGAUCUCAAGCUGGAGGACUACCAGGAGAGGGUGCUCAUGGCCCAGCUUGCCGAGAAGAAGCGGCGCUUAGAGUAUCAAAAGGAGGAGGCAGAGAGGAGGGUGCGGAUGAAGAAGAUCGAGGAGGAGCGGGCGAAGCAGCAAGAGCUCUUGCGCCAACAGCAGCCACCACAGCCCCAGUCACAUCGGCCGCCACAUGACAGCGUCCUCGGUGCUUUGCUGGCCUACGAAACCGCUGAGGCGCUGGGAGCAGCGGCGCAGAAGACCGAGGAGGAGCAAACGCCCGAGCUCUCGCCACCGGCCAAUCCAGAGUCUCCACCUCCAGGGCCAGAUCAGCCGGAGAUGCAGGCUGCCUCGGUGCCUGUGGAUGUGCAGAUGGUGCCAGGCACUUCGACGCAGCUGCCUGAGGCAGACCAGGCAAGCCAGUCAGGCCCACAGGUCCAGGCUGGGCUUGAAAGCCAGGCGCAGCUCCUGAACGUGCAGCUCCAAGCGCAGCCUCCCGACAGCACAUUCAAACAAGACAGCGUGGCCACAGUGCAGAGUUUUUGCUUUGCACAUCGCAUCGGAGUCCAGCUGUCGAAAGCGGGUGCCCCCAAGGACAAAGGCAAGCGUCACAAGGAUAUCGCGCAGCAGCUUGCCACGCUCCAGUCGUUGCUGAAUCUGUACAGCCGUAUGCCGGGGCCCCGGGGCGGUACCGAGACAGAGCAUAGGUCUUCUCCGCUCACCGCGGGGCCAGCGAUUCCUUUGGAGCAGCCCGGCAUGCAGAAAGGUACAGGCAGCGUCAGAGAGUCUCUCCAGAUGGUUGGAUGUGGCACUGCAGCCGCAGAGUCAGCCGAAGCUUUGAUUUCCAGCCCGAACGUGUUGGAGGUCCCAGCCUCAGAGCAUCUGAAGGAUGAAGUGGGUGGCUGUGUUGUAGGAGAGCGAACGUCGAAGAUCCCCUCCUGGAGAUUGCACCACUUUACUUCACUUGACCUCUGCUUUGUCAUGUGA